ACUUUUUUCGAUUUCGAGGUCACGUCAAAACCAACAAUCCGCGAACCAAAACAUUUCACAGCUGUUUAGGGCUCCGAAAGUGGGCUCCUCUUGCAGCUGGGUCGAUUAGUUUUUUUGUUUUUGUCGCAAUUUGGCCACCAAAAUUUUCGAUUCGCGAACAAAUCGCGUUAAUAUUGAACGAUUAAAAAUUUAUCGUAAAUUAACUACACGAAUGACGUAAUAAGAUACCCAGUGGCGAGAAGGGCAAGGAGAAACGAAAAAAACAAAGAAAUUUUUGCUUUGGAAUAAUUUCGGUACGAAGUGGUAAAAUCUGGAAAGCAAGGGGGCCAGUGGCGCUGUCAAAAUAACUCUGGACGGUGAAUCGUCAGGUGAAGACGGUGGUUGGGAACCUCCGCGCAAAAGGGCCCGUAGGAAACAGCAGCAGGACACCGUCAGUGCCUGCAGCACAACCACCGCAGGCGAGAUGCAGCAGCAACAAAGUAACGGAGUCGUUGAAAAUGGCGCAGCGGGUUCGUCCAACGGUCAUUGUACCGACGACGUUGCCAAUGGUCUUACCCUCAAUAACACUGCUCAGGAAAUUGUCAGGAUUAUUGGACAGUAUCUUAGCAGCGAAGGAUUGAACCGAACCUGUGACGUUCUCAUGAACGAAUCGGGAUGUCGGCUGGAUCAUCCUGCAGCGACAAAAUUCAAAAUUCACGUUCUGGAUGGUGACUGGACGAAAGCCGAUCACGAUUUGCAGGAACUACGACCCAUCUUAGGAGCUAAUAAUAAUAUUUUGGAUAUGAAAUUCCUACUUCUAGAACAAAAAUACCUGGAAUACCUUGAAGACGGUCGCGUACUGGACGCCCUGCACGUACUCCGAAACGAACUGACUCCAUUACAGCAUAACACUGCCCGCGUCCAUCAAUUAUCCAGCUACAUGAUGUGUUCCAGCAUCGAGGAGCUGCUCCAGCGUACCAAUUGGAAAGGCAAAGGCAAAGAGUCCAGAGUGGAGCUGAUGCAGAAGCUACAGAAUUUUCUGCCUCCCAACGUGAUGUUGCCACCCAACAGGCUCAGACAGCUCCUGGAGCAGGCUCAAGAGCUGCAGAGUUUAAGAACAAAAAUGCAAUUGAAUUUGAAGACAUUUAUCCAGAGGCAGCACAGGCAAUUAUUGAAGGUUCUAAACGAUCACUGUGAUGAAGUGUGGUACUGCAAAUUUUCUCCAGACGGUACCAAAUUAGCAACUGGUUCCAAAGACACAAACGUCAUCAUUUGGGAUGUUAACGCUGAAACUUGCACCUUAUCGCUACGGAAAAUCCUUGAGGGUCACAAUUAUGGUGCGGCCUACAUAAGUUGGAACCCGGACUCGAAACAUUUGCUCGCCUGUGGACCGGAAGAGAGUCCCGAAGUGUGGCUGUGGAAUUUGGACACUGACAAGUAUUUGAAAGUGUCCCAGUCGCCAGAAGAUGCAUUGACUUGUUGCGCUUGGCAAAAGGACGGCAAGAAAUUUGUGGUCGGAGGUAUCCGAGGUCAUUUCUACCAAUGUGACACCGAAGGUAACGUGCUAGACUCUUGGGAAGGGGUCCGAGUCAACGGUUUGUGGUACCGGAACGACGGCAAAACUGUCCUGGCAGCUGAUUCGCACCACCGCAUCCGCGCCUACGUGUUUGAAGACUUAGCGGACCAGCAAAUCUUGCAAGAAGACCAUCCGAUAAUGACGUUUACCGUGGACAAGAACGACAGAUUGGCUUUGCUGAAUGUGGCCACGCAAGGGGUGCAUUUGUGGGAUUUGAACGACAAGAAUUUGGUGAGACGGUAUCAGGGGGUGACACAGGGGCAUUUUACUAUACACUCGACGUUUGGCGGAUGUAAUCAGGACUUUAUUGCUAGUGGUAGUGAAGAUAAUCAGGUCUACAUUUGGCAUAUCCGUAACGAACAACCAAUAGCAACGUUGCCAGGUCACAGUCGUACAGUAAACUGUGUCGCGUGGAACCCCGUCUACCAUAACAUGCUGGUUUCCGUAUCGGACGACUGUACGAUUCGCGUGUGGGGUCCCAAAGAGCACGUGCCAAAACCGUCGGGCGUCAGCUAAUAUUUAACCCCUAUCAAUGAAGAAGACGAAGACGCGUUAACGGACAUUAUCGUUCAUUCGACCAGCAGUUAGUAAUUUGUCUGUAAAGUGCGUUUUAGUAGGUGGUAGGCCUGGAUGAAUCGAAAAAAAAUACCAGGCGAUUUUUUUUCUAGAAUUUUGGUCUCAAAAAUAUUAGGUUUAAGUAUAUAUAGUCGGAUUUUGGCAACAGUGCGGUGUCAGUUUUGUGUUUUAAUUAUACGGGUAAAGCCUCGUUUUGGAUUGGUUGAUGAAUGUAUAUACAUUGAACUGGCAACACUGUAGAAUAAAGUAUUUUUUCACACUUAAAGCAAUAAUUGUCAAAAACUUAUUGAAUAGAGUUUGUUGUUAAAUACAAAACUGACCGAAUAUUUUUUUAUAAGACUGCCAGAUGUCGCUCCAGGGCCUUAUUUUUAAUUGUACCAGCACUUAUAAAAUGAAGCCCUCGAUUAAAAAUUAUAUCUAAAAGAAAUGUGUUCUUAUUUAAUUUAGUUUACACGGGGAUUAAAUUAAAUAUUAAAUGUGUGAUUAAAAUAAAAAUUAUUUAUUUUGGUGGACGUUCCAAAAUUGCAAUAUUUUUUCGGGACGUCCCGUAUAUCGCUCUACCAAUAGAGUUUUUAAUUAUUAGACAUUAGGCUUAUAAUAAUUAUUAUUAAAUAAUUAAUAAAUACACAUAGUUUUAUAUUUAAUAAUAACUAACAAAUAAUUAUUGUCAGGAUUUAAAAAUUGUUUUUUAAGGAUUUUUUUUUCAAUAUAUAUUUUUUUUUUUUAAUAAAUUAUGUGCCCUCUAUUGCGGGCGAAACCUGAAA